UUGCUAACACAGGUUAGUCUGGCCUAUUGAACCAUCUUUUACUGCUGUGACCUUCAAAAAUGAAAGCUGUGGUUUUGCCCUGAGAAGAAGAAAAGGAGAUUUGAAAUAUGACUCAGAUUCUUCCCUGCAAAAGGCUGGGACCCUUGAAAACUAUCUACAUGGAAAAGUGAGAGAACAAGAGGACACAAGCAGAGCUGCCCAGGCACCUGUUCACCGAAGUUGAGGCUGGUCACAACUCCGGCGGCCCAAGGAGCUGCUCGGUUCACCCACAAGGAAUGAGAGCUGCCUGCCUGCUGCUGCUUGGAGAGCCCCAGACAGUCUCUUGAAGAGGUGUGUGGAUGGCUCCUAGAUCUUGACUUGCUCCUGAGGAAAUAUUGUAUGACUGAGUUUCCUGUUAUACUGCUCUCCAAUCCAUCAUGAACCAGCCAGAGUCUGCCAACGACCCUGAACCCCUGUGCGCAGUGUGUGGCCAAGCCCACUCCUUGGAGGAAAACCACUUCUACAGCUAUCCAGAGGAAGUGGAUGAUGACCUCAUCUGCCACAUCUGCCUGCAGGCUUUGCUGGACCCCCUGGACACUCCGUGUGGACACACCUACUGCACCCUCUGCCUCACCAACUUCCUGGUGGAGAAGGACUUCUGUCCCAUGGACCGCAAGCCUCUGGUUCUGCAGCACUGCAAGAAGUCCAGCAUCCUGGUCAACAAACUCCUCAACAAGCUGCUGGUGACCUGCCCAUUCAGGGAGCACUGCACCCAGGUGUUGCAGCGCUGUGACCUCGAGCAUCACUUUCAAACCAGCUGUAAAGGUGCCUCCCACUACGGCCUGACCAAAGACAGGAAGAGGCGCUCACAAGAUGGCUGUCCAGACGGCUGUGCGAGCCUCACAGCCACGGCUCCCUCCCUAGAGGUUUCUGCAGCUGCCACCAUCUCCUUAAUGACAGACGAGCCUGGCCUAGACAACCCUGCCUACGUGUCCUCGGCGGAGGACGGGCAGCCAGCAAUCAGCCCAGUGGACUCUGGCCGGAGCAACCGAACUAGGGCACGGCCCUUUGAGAGAUCCACUAUUAGAAGCAGAUCAUUUAAAAAAAUAAAUCGAGCUUUGAGUGUUCUUCGAAGGACAAAGAGCGGGAGUGCAGUUGCCAACCAUGCUGACCAGGGCAGGGAAAAUUCUGAAAACACCACUGCCCCUGAAGUCUUUCCAAGGUUGUACCACCUGAUUCCAGAUGGUGAAAUUACCAGCAUCAAGAUCAAUCGAGUAGAUCCCAGUGAAAGCCUCUCUAUUAGGCUGGUGGGAGGUAGCGAAACCCCACUGGUCCAUAUCAUUAUCCAACACAUUUAUCGUGAUGGGGUGAUCGCCAGAGACGGCCGGCUACUGCCAGGAGACAUCAUUCUAAAGGUCAACGGGAUGGACAUCAGCAAUGUCCCUCACAACUACGCUGUGCGUCUCCUGCGGCAGCCCUGCCAGGUGCUGUGGCUGACUGUGAUGCGUGAACAGAAGUUCCGCAGCAGGAACAAUGGACAGGCCCCGGAUGCCUACAGACCUCGAGAUGACAGCUUUCAUGUGAUUCUCAACAAAAGUAGCCCCGAGGAGCAGCUUGGAAUAAAACUGGUGCGCAAGGUGGAUGAGCCUGGGGUUUUCAUCUUCAAUGUGCUGGAUGGCGGUGUGGCAGAUCGACAUGGUCAGCUUGAGGAGAACGACCGCGUGUUAGCCAUCAAUGGACAUGAUCUUCGAUAUGGCAGCCCAGAAAGUGCGGCUCAUCUGAUUCAGGCCAGUGAAAGACGUGUUCACCUCGUCGUGUCCCGCCAGGUUCGGCAGCGGAGCCCUGACAUCUUUCAGGAAGCCGGCUGGAACAGCAAUGGCAGCUGGUCCCCAGGGCCAGGGGAGAGGAGCAACACUCCCAAGCCCCUUCAUCCCACAAUUACUUGUCAUGAGAAGGUGGUAAAUAUCCAAAAAGACCCCGGUGAAUCUCUCGGCAUGACCGUCGCAGGGGGAGCAUCACAUAGAGAAUGGGAUUUGCCUAUCUAUGUCAUCAGUGUUGAGCCCGGAGGAGUCAUAAGCAGAGAUGGAAGAAUAAAAACAGGUGACAUUUUGUUGAAUGUGGAUGGGGUUGAACUGACAGAGGUCAGCCGGAGUGAGGCAGUGGCAUUAUUGAAAAGAACAUCAUCCUCGAUAGUACUCAAAGCUUUGGAAGUCAAAGAGUAUGAGCCCCAGGAAGACUGCAGCAGCCCAGCAGCCCUGGACUCCAACCACAACAUGGCCCCACCCAGUGACUGGUCCCCAUCCUGGGUCAUGUGGCUGGAAUUACCACGGUGCUUGUAUAACUGUAAAGAUAUUAUAUUACGAAGAAACACAGCUGGAAGUCUGGGCUUCUGCAUUGUAGGAGGUUAUGAAGAAUACAAUGGAAACAAACCUUUUUUCAUCAAAUCCAUUGUUGAAGGAACACCAGCAUACAAUGAUGGAAGAAUUAGAUGUGGUGAUAUUCUUCUUGCUGUCAAUGGUAGAAGUACAUCAGGAAUGAUACAUGCUUGCUUGGCAAGACUGCUGAAAGAACUUAAAGGAAGAAUUACUCUAACUAUUGUUUCUUGGCCUGGCACUUUUUUAUAGAAUCAAUGAUGGGUCAGAGGAAAACAGAAAAAUCACAAAUAGGCUAAGUUGAAACACUAUAUUUAUCUUGUCGGUUUUUAUAUUUAAAGAAAGAAUACAUUGUAAAAAUGUCAGGAAAAGUAUGAUCUAAAGAAAGCCAGUUACACCUCAGAAAAUAUGAUUCCAAAAAAAUUAAUUAAAACUACUAGUUUUUUUUCAGUGUGGAGGAUUUCUCAUUACUCUACAACAUUGUUUAUAUUUUUUCUAUUCAAUAAAAAGCCCUAAAACAGCUAAAAUGAUUUGUAUACCCCACUGAAUUCAAGUUGAUUUAAAUUUAAAAUUUGGUAUAUGCUGAAGUCUGCCGAGGGUACAUUAUGGCCAUUUUUAAUUUACAGCUAAAAUAUUUUUUAAAAUGCAUUGCUGAGAAACGUUGCUUUCAUCAAACAAACAAGAAAUAAAUAUUUUUCAGAAGUUA